CAAGAGUUCAUACAGGCGAUAGUGCUCAGAAUAUUAUACGCAGUAUUAUCGAGUGAAGGAGUCCAAAGGAGACCACAAGAACUCGAAUAAAAGACAAUAAGCAAAGAGUUCUAGAUACCAAGCUAGCCCAGCAUGGCGCACGUUAUAAGCAAGACGCCGAUCAAUACCAUCGCCACCACCACUUCCUCUACCGCCGUCGUGGACCAUCGCCGCUCCCUCGUCCCUCAGGCCUGGGAGAAGUCUGUCCGAAAGAUUGGGCUGGCAGAGUGCGAGCAGGCGGGAGUCUCUCUCGCCCACGCCUUUGCCGCCGAUGCCCUGAGCAUGUAUCUUCUGGACGGCGGCGAGGCGGACCGCUACUCGGACGAGACCAAGUGGAAGCUUCACGUCCGCAUCAUGACUUACUUGGUCUCGGCCCAUUGCUAUAGCGGCGUUGUCACGACCAUUGGUCCGGAUUACGACGCUGUGGCCUUGUGGAUGCCUCCCGGGAUGCAUAUGGAUGACUGGUGGACCAUCUUUCGAAGCGGAAUGUGGCGCCUCUACUACCAACUUGGUUCCGAGGGCCGCAAGCGCUACUACGAAGACGUCCUACCUCUUCUGCAUGAGACCAUGGACGAGGUCAUGGGAGAUCGCGAGUAUUAUUACCUUGCUUAUAUCGGCACCAAGCCGAGUGCCCGAGGCAAAGGCUAUGCUAAGAAGCUCAUCAUGGACAUGGCCGCAAAGGCCGACGCCGAAGACCGCGCCAUGUACCUCGAGUCCAGCUCCAGCGACAAUAUCGGCUACUACGAGCGCUUUGGCUUCCAGUACCGCAAGGAAAUCUCCUUCAAGAGAGGACCGGUGCCCGUGCCGCUCUUCAUCAUGGUGCGAGAGCCGGCGGGAAAGCCCGUCGUCAAGGGAGCUGAGGAAGAUGUGCCGAUCUUGGACCAAAUUGAGACUGUCAAGGUGUAAGUUGAUGUUGUAAACGCCUCAGCAACUCUUCGGGUCUGGAGUUGUGAAGCGAGGCGAGAUUGAUAUGUUUGACCUUCUUCUUCUUCUGUCUCUCCUUUUCAAUGCCUUUUAUUUUAUUUUUGAGAAUUAUGGAGCAGUGGAACGAUGGCUCCCUUUGCUUGCUGAGCGCUACUCACUUCGACGCUUGGAUGAAUUUUCGUCCAAAUGUUUGUAUUCAUCGUACGCUCGUUAUAGUUUGUUGCUGCUGUUGCUGCUUUGCUUUUUGCUGUUGCUUUUGCUUUUGCUUUUGUCAGCUGUGUGGGAGAUCUUCUUCUCACAUGGCCAAACCCUGUCUCUACCGUACACUAUUAUAUAUCAAAAAAAGUGCGCAUGUUAACUGCCCUU